AUGACAUCCCGCAGCAAAGGAAGUCUAGGGUGUGAAAACUGUCGCCGGCGACGUAUUAAAUGCAACCAGCUGCGCCCACGAUGCUCUCAAUGUGCACGAGCAGGGCUUCACUGCUUAGGAUACAGAAGUACACUAGAUCUGCACUUCAAAGACCAAACUGCCACCAUCGCGAGCAAAUUCCUGCCACGCAAGAAGUUAUCAGCAUCCACUCACAACCGCCAAAGACUGACAGCGCCAACAGCCGUUCCAUAUUCUUUGACAGCAACAACACCAACCCUAAACAUCGAAGAACUCGCCUGGAAGUACUACUUCAGCAACUUCAACAUCACCCGCCCCAACGCCAGCACCGCCGGCAACCCCGAGCCGUACCUCGCAACCUCCUCCUCGGGGAUGUGCAGCGUCACCUCCGUCGGACUCGCUGCCCUCGCCACUGUCAGGAAAGACCCGCAUAUGAUGGACCUCGCGCGACGGAAAUACUCAGCGGCGCUACGCUAUCUUGCCCGUGCAGUUGCGGAUCCAGCGGAAUUGGAGAAGGGGUCGACGACGAGCGCGAGUUUUAAUUUGUCUAUGUUUGAGAUGAUAAUAUCUGAUACCCCCUCCGCCGCAUACUCCUGGAUGAAACACAUCCGGGGCACGGCAGCCCUAAUGCGCGUUGUGCAACUGCCAACGACGAAUAUGGUUUUUGCGAUGGUGGGGUGUUUGCAGGUUGCUUUUACUGUUGCCGUCGGAUGUCUCAUCGCCAACCAACCAGUCCCUCCAUAUAUAAUCACCCUGAUAAAGUCCUUCCGAAAUGAGGAAUGUCGUGAAAUCGCGCCGAUAAUCGAGUUAUUCAUCAUCCUCAGCGCGCUUGUCAAUCUCUACGCCGAGGCAGAGGGGGCAGGGGCAGAUGUCGGCGAUGAUCUCAGCCCAGCUCUAUCAGAUAUCGACGCAGACCUGAUAUCCUGGAAAAGGCGACUCCCAUCAAUCUGGACCGGCGAUCCAAACACAGGAAGCACCGUCCAUACCGGAAACCCACACUGGAAACCCAAGGUAUGGGGAUACUACCAGCUCUGCCGGAUUCUCACGCACCGGGUUCUGUUGGAUCAUACCGCGCAAUCUGCGGACAGGAGGGCAGAAUCGCUGGGAGUAUUAUCGCAGAUGUCAGGCCAGAUAUACGAUCAUGUCCCUACGAUGCUGAGGAGGUCGUUCGGCUGCCCCGACCAGUGUCUGGGAUUGACCUCGGAUGUGUUCUUCUUAGUGACCAUUCUACAAGUCCUGGUUAAACUUACGGAUCGCUGUACUGUCGUCAGGGAGUGGGCUGGGCCCGCGCAGAACCAGCUCGGAGAGCGCUUCGACCCGCUGAAGCACUUUGUCGCCAGGUUCCUACACUGGAACAGAGGAGAGCAAGAAGAAUAA